CUAAUACACGGCUGGGCUUGUUUAAGCUGGCAGCCAAACGGACCAAGACAGACAGACUAAAGGCAAUUGCGGUAGAGACAGGAUAUACUGGCCUUGGAUAUAUACUUUUAUUUCACCUUUAUUUAUAUUUAUUGAUAGCAAGGGCCGUGUAAAAACACUCAAAGGGAAACCAACUGACUGAACAAAAAGACAUCAGGAUGUUGUCAAAGAAAGGCGAGCAGAGGACUUUCAGCAACGGGCGGCUACGAGAUCAGUGGGAGAAGAGAGCGCAGACAAUAGCAGAGCAGUGCAAGCAGGAGGCGGCAUUGAAAGAGAAAAGUUCCCUCAAACUGCUUUUCUCAAAGUGGAACUAUCACUGGGCUCUGAUGGCCGAUGGGGAUGAGACAAAAGGCGAACCCUCUGACUUUCAGAGGGUCACCUCAGAGGAAGCAGAAAAAAAAAAGCCAAGAAUCAAAUUCAAAAUUGUACCACCCCCUCCUCCCAAACCCAAAAGUAAACCUCCGCCAACUCCUUCUAGGAGGGUGUCUCCUCAGCCUCUUCUUACAGUGAAGCGUAAAGUUGAAGUGGACAUAUUUCGGUUACACUGGAGAGAGUCCUGGAUGAGUCUGAAACCACCCAAGUAUCUUUUUCUCAGGGCCAAUGAGUCAAAAACCAGAGUCCAAGGAUUCACAGCUAUAGACGUGGUCAGCAACAGCAAGUACAAACCUGCUGGAAAUCCAUCAGCGCCUGAGGACACGACGACUGAUGACUGGAGUCAAUCCUGGAAGCAGGUAAAGGGUACAACGCUGUCAGAGUGUUCUGAGGAGAAAGAAUUCCAAUGGGAUAUUUUGUUCGACAGAGCUCUGAUUCCCUAUCCGGAAAUAGGAGUAUAUCAUCUUCCUGUAUGGGCCGGCACCUGGAAAAUUAUGAACUUUGCCUUCAGACAACAGAAGCAAAAGUGGGAUUGUGAGUGGCCUGCUUUCCAACAAAGUUUCAAGAACAAGUGUGACAAAGUACAGCGGCUGUUGGAGCAGGAUGAGCCUCCAGGAUGGGAGGAUUCAUGGAGGCUUUUAAAACCUGCAGUUAUACCUGAAGACUGCACACUCUUUGAGCUCACGGUUGAAAUUAUGAAGAUAGAUGAUGUGUUCCUGCCAGGGUGGAACAAGUCCUGGCUGGUAUCUGCACCUCCUCUGGAGAAAAAAGAAGCUCCCGAGAAUAUCUGGAGCUCUUGUUGGCAUUACAGGCUGCAGCUCAGGUGGUGCAUGUCCUCACUACAAUCCCAUCAAAAGCACAGCAACAUGAUGACAAGGAGACGUGAUUUUCUCAACUCCCUCCUCACAUCAGAACUCAACGAUGGGAAUGGUGAUGCCGCCGAGUGGUGGGAUUCUUGGAAGACUCUGAAAAGAUGGAACCCACCAGGAGAGGUAGAAGAUGAUGACUCCGAAUUGUUUAGUGACACAGACGAAGAGGAUAAAGGACUGCACAGUGAUGAUGAGGAGGAUGAGUUAGAAGGUGAGGAAAUAGAGGAGGAAGAAAACAGUGGCAAUGAUGAUGACGAGGAGGAUGAAGGAGUUGAUGAGGAAGAGGAAGCGGAGGACGCAGAGAUUGAAUACAAUGAAAAGGAUAUAAACGGGAAGACAGACGCACAUAACGGGAAAAAUGAUCGAAAUGAGACUGAUGUGAGUGAGGAGGAUGAAGAUAGAGAAAAUGAAGAGGAGUGCAAAGUAGAUGAGGAAGGACAAGAGGUUGACGAGGAAGGUGAAGAGCUUGAAGAGGACAUCAAAAGGCAUGAGAUGAAACCGCCGACUAGUAAUGGCAUCCAAAAUCAUGAGGAUGACGAAGAUGGGGACAAUGGGAUGAUGACUGAAUAUGAAAACGAGAAGGCGAAUGGACAGUAUAAAGGCAACAAUUUGAACGAGGGGGAAGAAACGGGAGUACAUAAACUGCAUAGAGACAAGGAAUUUAUGGAGGAUGAGGAAUUAAUUGUGUGGGACAUGGGCAAUGGGGUUGCUACAAAUACGGAGGAGGAGGAGGAGCAUGGUAAGGAAGUCGAGGAAAAGCAAGUAUACAGGAACAUCACACUGCAGCUCAAGGAGAUAUUUCAAAUCAUUGCAAAUGAAAAAAAAGAUGAGAAGGACGAGGUUAAGGAUGAAGAGGCAGAUCGAGAAUCUACCAAAGAGGCUAAUGAUAAUGGAGACACGGAUAAGGAGGAAAAAAUCGUAACUGUAGUUCCAGAACAGCCGGCGAGAGAAACACAGUCGCACAGGAUAAAGAGACUAGAUGUUACUGAUGAAGAGGAAGAAGAUGAGGGGGAGGACGUUCAGGAGAAGGAGGAUGAGGACGAGGACGAGGACGAGGUUGAGGAGGAGAAAGAGCAGGUCAAGGAGAAGGAGGAUGAAGAGAACGGGAAUGACGGGGAUGAGGCUGAAGGGAAGGACGUGAGACAAGACCUUGAGGAGGUGGAAGAGCAGGACAAAAUGGAAAAUGUUGCAACUGAUGAUGAUGGUGAUGAAGAGGACAAAGAAAACGACCGGGAUGAAAAUGUAGACAAAACGGAAGCAGAAGAGGAUAACAAUGAUGAAGGGGCCAGCGAUGCUACAGACAAGAACAAUAUGAAAAAACAAGCUGAUGGUGAGAGAAGGAACGACAGGGAAGAACAAACACAAAAAGCAGAUGAAGAAUUGCAGGAUACAGAAGAUGAGGAGGUCGAGGUUGACGACGAGAAAGAAAAUGUAUCCUUUGACGAGGACGCCGAAAACCAUCACAAAAGAGAAGAAGGCGAUGUAGACGACCAAGAGGAAUUGGGUGAAGACGAGGAGGAGGACGUUGAUGACAAUGAGGAGAGCCCUCUCAGCAAAGCCCCAAAAAACAACGAGAUCAUUGUGAACACAGACAUAGAGGCAGCACAUAAGGCAGAAGAAGACAUCGAGGAGGAAAAGAAGGAUCCGAAGUCCAGGGAGCCAAUCAAACGCAACCCGAACGUCCCGCUUCACCUGCAGUUCCACAAACUGAACACGAGCUUCUCCUCGUGGAAGCAGUCUUGCGUGGUGGCAGUGGCCCACAGAAUAAGCGAUGAAGAGGACGAAGAGGACGACAUGGACGGAGAGCAAGAGGAGCUGCAGGCUUGGCGCGAAUCUUGGAGGAUCUGUGGCCGGAGAAAGCCGCAUGAAGAUAAAGUCGUGUGUUUCUCUACAAAGCACCAGCGUGCGAAACACAAAGGACUGUCGCAUGAAGAUGACGGUCUGCUCAAGAAGGAAUGGUCUCUCAGCUGGAAAAUGACCAAGAAGGGUGAAGACAUUAAAUAAUCAUGAAAGGAGGAUAGAGAAGAAGCUCUGGUAUUUGAUUCGAUGAAUUUGAUCUUAAAAUGAAAAGAGGAAUCAAACCAAUGGAUUGAUCCGAUAGGACUCAUCAUCUUGGCUGCCUUCGAAAUCCAAUUUGUUUCCCCCGACUGUUUUAUGAAUAACAUCGGUCAAAAUGAAUCUGCGACAUGGUUCAAGUUUGACGUCGAUGCGCUUUGGCAAUCGAAUGCAAAAGGCUUGCAAAAUGGGGGGGAUUUGAAAUCACCAUUUGGUCCUGGCAUAAUAUUCCAGGACCUGCCCACUUCAAAUAACUCAACUCGUUUUCGGGUUUUAAGCGCUGCCGAGCCAUGCAAAUACACGUUACAAAAUACAUACCCAUAUGUUGUGUUUUACAACAAUACUUCUAAUUUGUAAUGUAACUGCGGAUGAAAGAGCAUAACUUGCAGUCAUCGCUUGGUCGCCACACGCCACAUGGUGCCGUGAUAUCGCCAAUCAUAUGAAAAUGAAGGACACCUUAAGGACAUCUCAAAUAUGAAUGAGAAAUCUCAAUUUGCGAGAUGGAAAAGAGCAACUAGAAUAGCUUGAAAAAAGGCAUCCUGGGCAUUAUUAUACUGAAAAAUGAAACGGAUUACAAUUGCAUAAAUGUUGUGAUUCAAUUACAUAAUGUCAUUAUUUGUCAUUAGUUACUCCCCAGUACUGCCUACUACAGCUUUGAGAAAAUGGAUCUGUUUAAAGCCUCCGGUGGCUGGGUCACAUCACCGGGAAUUAACUUCCGGGUUGUUGUUGGGCUUUUCCACACCGUGACAACGAGGCACUCGAAAGCAUGAAGCCACUGUCGACUCGCCGGCUUAUUAUGAUUUCUGUCCCUAUUCUUCCGCCAUUCUCGUGCAUGCACUCCUGGCCAACAACAGGACGCUCUAAAGAGGCCACCCCACUGGACUAUUUUAAGUGAAGAUGAAUUUUCAAAGUGUAGGUUUUGCUUACUAGUUAACUGCAUGUUACCUUUGCGCUAGAUAAUCGCAGAUGUGAACUAAGGUGCUGAAGUUCUUAUGUAGUGGGGCAUGGGGAGUACUCAUGCCUCACUCCUACAUGUAUCACUGUGCGCUGUUUGAGCCAGGCCCGAAAACUGAAAUGGUGAAAAAACAGUUUACCGCUAUAUUUCCACAAUUCAGUACUACAUAGUUCUCAGUAAUUAUCUUCAAACACAUAUCAUGUAUUGAGAAACAAAGCUCUAAAUUCACUUUACAGGGUCUUUAAGACCUAUACAGGCAAUUACCAACAUUUGCAACAUAUUAACAUUCUGCAGCAUCAUACAUAUAGUUUAUAUUGAUAAGUACAAAACAAUAACAUUUGAAUACAUAUUGAGUUGAAUGAAGAAGCCCAAAGUCCGACUUUGGUUCGUAGGCUAGCAGAAUAGUACCAAAACAGAUUCUUUUUACAGAUUAUUUUUCGACACUUCACAACUGUGCUACAAACAAACUGUUCUGCGCUGUGUAGAGAAGCGGGGUGAUGAAUCACUGCAUGAUCGUACUUUUAGUUUUACGGCCCACCCGAUUCCAGUCAUACCUCGGAUUGUCGAAAUGCCGCGGGAGGUGACAAGUUUCCUUUUUCUAUUUCAUGACGUUUAUGAUAGCAUUGAUAUUUUCAAAUGUGAGGUGAAUAUGGAGCUUAUUGAAUGUAUGUGUGCACCAUGGGAUUUGCAAAUGUAUAAAAUAAUGUCUGAAUGCACUCAAGUCAGAGGUGUAAAUAUGUACAGGAAUAACAAAAUAUUUCAUCCAAAAAUGUCUGGUAGGAUUUGUAAAUUAAACAUUGAAAAUAAUAAAAGUGUACAAAUUG